AUGAUCGACGCAGCCCUCCAACACGUCAAAAACACCGAAAGCCUCGCCGACGAGGUAACCAACCCGGCCAUGCGCGAGUUCCUAAAGACAUACGCCACAUGGGAGGAGCGGCACAAGCGGUUCGAGGACAUGAUUUUCUCGAUCGAGGAUCGCAUUGCGCAACUGCAUAAGCACGACGCGGAGAAAGCGAGUCGCCGUAUGAAUGAUUUUAGACAGCUGGUUGGGAUGGAGGAGAGUAUUAUGGGGAGGCUGUUGCAGGGUGCGUGUAAAUGGUUGGAUCUGGCGGGGAUUGUGAGGUCGAGGGAGAGAUCGAGGGAGCGGAUGAGGUCACCGCAGAAGGGGGUUGUUAGUCCGGUGCGGGAAGACGCUUCGGCUGUGAAGUCGAUGCAGUCUGCUGCUGCUGUUAAGCCCGUGGAUUCUGCGGCUGUUACGCCGUCGAAGGAGUCUUAG